UUGUUUGAACGGACGGAUUGAUUACAGAUUGGUGUUGGAGUAUGACGCGGCCUGCAAAGAUCCUACGGUCCUCGAUGACGCGGUGACAUGGAUCAUUGUGCCGGUCACGCACAAUCGCUGCUAGAGGCAUUGAUAACUCCGCCAAAACACGCCGAGAAACAGAAACUCCAAUGGCGGCGACUCGUCAGAUCUACCUCGGCGUUCUCCUGCUCCUGGCCGUGGGUCUGCCUCAUCUCCCUCUGCGGCAUCGACGACGUCGGGAGCGGCGGCGUUUGGCCUACCGCGGGGCCUGAGGCCCGGGCACUGCGCCUCCGUGUUCCGGACGUAUGACACGGUCUCUCCGUUCAUGACGGGCAACACGACGGCCAUCCACCUCGGCAACACCAAGUCCUGUGUCGCCGGCUACGGGGGCCGCCCGGAUCCCCACACCGCGUACCAGUUCUGCAUCCCCUCCUGGGUCGCCUUCACAGACAACGGUACCCUCGUCGGCGAGGCCGCCAUGAACCACGCGGCCGUCAGGCCCGGGACGGCCGUCUCCGGGUUCAAGCGCCUCCUUGGCAUCAGGAUGUACAACGAGAUGGUAAAGAGAGAGGCGGAGCUAGUGCCGUACCACUUCACCGAGCAGCUAGGAAGAUGCGGCAUCGAGAUGGAGAUUGAGGAAGGCAACCUGAAGAGAUUCCUCCCCGAAGAUGUCGCCAGCAUCCUUGUAGCCGAGCUGAAGCGAAUGGCGGAAGCACAUCUGGGCCGCGAGAUCAGGUACGCCGUGGUCACUGUCCCCGGGCACUUCAACGGCGUUCAACGGAGUUCGCUCGUCAUGGAAGCUGCCCAGUGGCGUGGUGGCUUCCGUACUGCCAAGCUUGUUGACGAGCAGGUCGCGGCUGCGGCUGCGUACCGCCUUCAUGAGAAGAGGGGUGACCGCAAGGUCAUCCUCGUCUUCCAUCUCGGCGGCCGCACUUGCCACGCCACCAAGUUCAGGUUCAAGGAUGGCUCGGGCCAUCUCCUGGACGAACACCAUGAUGCCUACCUAGGCGGUGACGACUUCACCGGCAGGGUUGUGGACUAUUUCGUGGAGCUGAUCGAGGAGAAGCAUCACCGGGACAUCCGUGGGGAUGAGGGCACUCUCAGGAAGCUGAGGGCGGAGUGCGAGAGAGCCAAGAAGCUACUGAGCGACCGAGAGGGCGUUCUUAUGAACAUCGGAUCGGUUCUUGGCGAAGGAGCAGAUAUCUACGAGGAGCUCACACGAGCCAAGUUCGAGGAGCUGAACCGUGACCUUAUGGAGAGAGCAAUGGAAAUAGUGGAGACGGUGGUGAUGGAAGGUGCUCCCACUUCCCAGAUGCAGAGCCGCAAGGACGCCAUCGACGAGGUCAUUCUCGUCGGUGGUAGUGUGAGGAUCCCCAUGGUUGGGCAGCUCCUCGAGGAUUACUUCAAUGGUAGGGGACUAAUCAGGGAUGAGGACGCGGUAAUCCGGGGCGCUGCUCUUCUGUCACGUCCCGAGUCUGCUAGAUACGUGGAAGAAUGCUACUAUGGAGGAGUGUCAGGGCCUCUCUGGUUGGCAAAAUAAACACACAAAUAGGUAUAUGUAAUCCUACACCUACGAAGUGUUACGUAAUUUUGUGACGUAGCAUUCCUCUUAA